UAAAAGGCAAUAUAAAAGGCAGUGGUAAAAGCUGGUGUUAAUGGUAUGAGUUCUUUUCAAGACGAUUUAUUUGACUCUGUUGUUUUCCUUGAAGAGAAUUGUCAAAAGCAAGGUUUUAAUGAUGGGUUCAUUGAAGGGGAGGUGAAAGGUUGGAAGCAAGGUUAUGAAACUGGCUUGUUACAGGGAAAGCAAGUUGGAAAUGAGAUUGGAUUUUACAAAGGAUUUGUGCAAACCUGGCUAGCAUUGUACAAAAAUGAAGGAAGCAAAGUCCAAGUAAAGUUGGAAGGCCUUUUUAAGCUCCUUGAUCAAGAUUGGAGUGAUACAGCAAGAGAUUUAAUACCUGAAUUAGAACAUGUAAGAGCAAAAUUUAAGCAGAUUUGUUCCAUGUUAAACCUCAAUAUUAAACAUACUACAAAGGAUGUUGACAAGAAGCAACUGUCAUUUUAAUCCAAGUAAUGGUGCUAAAUAUUCGCUUCAAAGGAAAACUAUGGAACAUUUAGGCCAUUCACAGUGGGCCAUACUUUUUGAAUAUUCCUCCUGACUUUAUCCCUGCACAUUUUUUAAUCUUUUGGUCUUGAAAAAAUUACAAUAAAGGACAAGAAACAACAUAUGCAAACUUAUAGGUUGGAAAUCUUAACCUGUUUUAACAUGGAAAGGUCAGGAAAUGCAUGAUCUAUUAUUAGAAGAGUAUAGCUUUUUGCCAUAUUCAAUCGCAUUGUAGUGGAAUAUAUUUCUUGAACAAA